AAAGAUAAACAACAUGGCGGCGCCCGUGCAGCCCCUCACGUCUGUUGGAAAAUUGCUCCUAAAGACACAUUUAUGGACGACAAACUGUCACCAGGCUUCCAGCAGGGCCCAACAGACUCUUGGCUACUCAAGCUGCUCAGCAGGUGGCGCUAAAUGUUCCUGAAACUAAAGUGACCAGUUAGAAAAUGGACUCUGGGUGGCUUCAGAGGACUCUGGGCUCACCACCUGCACAGUGUUUGUCACGACGAGCUCAUCGAUCUGGCCAAGUACCACUUUGGAAAGCUUCCGGGCAGAUAUCAGGGCGAAGCCCCGGCUCUCCCUGCCUGCCGCUUCACCGGGAGCGAGAUCCGAGUGCGCGAUGACAAAAUGCCCCUGGCUCACAUCGCCAUCGCAGUGGAGGCGGUGGGCUGGUCUCACCCCGACACCAUCCCCCUCAUGGUGGCCAACACGCUGAUCGGGAACUGGGACCGCUCGUUUGGAGGAGGCGUGAAUCUGUCCAGUAAGCUGGCUCAGAUGGCAUGCCAGGGCAACCUGUGCCACAGCUUCCAGUCCUUCAACACCUGCUACACCGACACGGGCCUGUGGGGCCUCUACACGGUGUGCGAGCCGGGCACCAUCAGCGACAUGAUGCACUUCGCCCAGAUGGAGUGGAUGUCUCUGUGCACCAGCAAAAGCCCACAGGGAGGAAGAUAG